UGGAAACUACAGGACCAUCUCUCACCAGAUACUUUGUUCCCAUGCUCCUCCUUCAGAUGGCAGCACCAAGUUCAGUUUACAGUGACUGGCUUACAGGGGCCAAUCUUGGCUCCUUUGCGUGGAAUAGUUGAGCUCACCUGCCAGCUGUCCCCACCACAAAAUGCAGAACACAUGGAGAUACGCUGGUUCCGGGAUCGCUAUACACAACCUGUUCACGUAUACAACAAUGGCAAAGACCUGCAUGUAGAAACUAUCUCCAGGUAUGUGGAGCGGACAGAGCUCCUGAAAGAAGCUAUCAGAGAAGGUAAAGUGACCCUCAGAAUCCUCAAUGUCAGUGUUGAUGACGACGGGCAGUACCACUGCUUCUUCACAGAUGGUGCUUUCGAUGAAGAAGCCAUCACAGAAGUGAAGGUCACAGCUACAAGCUUAGGAAUACAGAUUCUUGUACAUCCUCCUAAUACCAAAGGUCUUUUGGUGGAGUGUAAUACAGGAGGUUGGUUCCCACAGCCUCAAAUGGAAUGGAGAGACAGCAGAGGAGAGAUCAUUCCACCUACAUCCAUAUCCCAUUCACAGGACACAGACAAAUUGUUCCACAUGAAGAUGACCCUUCUCCUUAAACAGAGCUCCCAUAGGAAUGUCACUUGCUGCCUUCGAAACCCUGUAACUGGUCAAGAGGAAAGGACAAGCAUUGUCCUAUCAGGUGAGAUCAGUGUGCUUGUUCUUCAAAUGAUGACCAUUGUCAUAAAAUUUACAAACUAA